AAGUAAGAGGCAGCAGAGGAGGUGUAUGUGUGCGUGUUAAGUCAGCAGAGUUUUCUUCCUCAGCCUGUGCAAGCUCUCAUUAGAGAGGAGGAAGUUCUCUAGACUCUUCCUUUUCAUGUCCUCAUCUCCAGACGCCUCCGUUGCAUCUGCAGAUCAGAUGUCGAGCAAUCUCUGCAUCUAGUUUUGGGAUUUACCCCUGGAGUACAUCUGCUGGAAUUCACCCUCCUGCUUUAUUUCAGAGAAAUGAGGGCCGAGGUGCUGGUGGUCUGGGUCGGGCUGAGCCUUUGUUGGGCUCUUGUCACCCCCAAAGAACCUGCGGAGGAGAAGCAGCUGUCAAGAGCCAAAGCUCUGGUGAAAGAACCCCGGGGGCUGAUCGGAGACGGGGGCAGAUGGGACACUGAAAUGUCAGACGAGCCAGUUGAAGUUACAGUAGAAGAGAAGAGCAAAGCAAAGAAAAAGAAAAGCCCUGAGGAAAUCGAGGCCGCCAAAGCGAAGAAGGCAGCAGAGAAAGAGGCUAAAGCCAAAAAGCAGAAAGCUCCAAAGCCCACCAAGAAACCCAAACCACCAAAGCCCACCAAGAAACCAAAGCCACCCAAACCCACAAAGAAGCCAAAGACGCCCAAACCCACCAAGAAACCAAAGCUGGUAACGACCACGGCGCAACCGGAGCUCCGCCUUCCUCCACUGGAGGAGGAGGAAGAGGGCCUGGAAACAACGAAUCAACCCGAGUUUCCAACGGAGCCUGUUGAGCCAGACCUGGACAAAUGGAUCAGAGGACACAAGAAGGAAGCCACUACCACUGAGGUCAUCAUGUACAUACCAGAGGAAACCACGUCUGUUCCAUUCGUUGGUCCCUGGUAUGAAGAGUAUGAUUACUCUGACUUGGCAGAGGCAAUAGCAAAGAAACAACAAGAGGAGGAGGAGAGAGCCCGCAAAGAGAAAGCAGAAAAAGCUGAGCAGCAGAGGAAACAAUGGGAGGAGGAAGAAGCAGAGAGACUGAAGCAGGCGGCUUUUCCUGCUCAGCCAAAAAAGUGUCCUCCUUUGGGCUUGGAGUCUCACCGGGUGGAUGACGACCAGCUGCUGGCUUCCUCUCAGUCUCACCACGGCUUCGCAGUUCAGAGGGGACGCCUCAACAUGCAGAGCUCUGAAGAUGAGGAGGACAUGUAUGGAGGUGCAUGGUGUGCAGACCCUGAGGACAAGGAGCACUGGUUCCAGGUGGACGCUCGGCGAGAGGUGGAGUUCACCGGUGUCAUCACCCAAGGGAGGAACUCGGAGCAACUGGAGGAUUUUGUAUCGUCCUACUUUGUGGCCUUCAGCAACGACAGCCGGGACUGGACGGUGCUGCAUGAUGGCUACGCCGAAUGGCUCUUCUACGGGAACGUGGAUAAGGAAACACCCGUAAUGAGUCAGUUCGCUGCACCAGUGGUGGCGCGUUACAUCCGGAUCCUUCCCCAGAGCUGGAACGGCAGCCUGUGUCUGAGAGCCGAAGUCCUGGCCUGUCAGCUACCAAGCACUUACCACAGUGAGAAUGAGGUCAACGCGUCUGACGAUCUGGACUUCAGACAUCACAACUACAAGGAGAUGAGACAGAUGAUGAAGGUGAUAAAUGAGGAGUGCCCCAACAUCACAAGGAUCUACAACAUUGGGAAAAGCUCACAAGGCCUCAAGAUGUACGCCAUGGAGAUCUCAGACAACCCAGGCGAACACGAAACCGGUGAACCCGAGUUUCGCUACACAGCAGGUCUCCAUGGCAAUGAGGCUCUGGGUAGGGAGCUUCUCCUGCUAUUAAUGCAGUUCCUCUGCAAGGAGUACAGAGAUGAAAACCCAAGAGUGCGACGCCUAGUGGAUGGAGUGAGGAUUCACCUGGUGCCAUCACUGAAUCCAGAUGCCUACGAGCUGGCCUAUGAGAUGGGCUCAGAGAUGGGAAACUGGGCACUGGGUCACUGGACUGAAGAAGGUUAUGACAUCUUCCAGAACUUCCCAGACCUGAACAGCAUCUUGUGGGGAGCCGAGGACAGAGGCUGGGUGCCUCGCAUAGUGCCCAAUCAUCACAUUCCACUGCCAGAAAACUUCCUUGGUGGCUCUCUUGCAGUAGAAACCAAAGCCAUAAUUUCAUGGAUGGAGCGCAAUCCAUUUGUGCUCGGAGCCAAUUUACAAGCAGGAGAGAAAAUGGUGGUGUACCCUUUUGAUAUGCAGCGUCCUCCAAUUUCUUUAACCGACAGUCGGCGUUGGAGGGUUAACGCUGAGAUGAACGAAGAGACCUGGGCUCGUAUUCAGAGGCAGAACGAAGGAGCGCUCAGAGAGACUCCUGAUGAUGCCAUGUUUCGCUGGUUGGCAAUGUCAUACGCACACAGCCAUCUAACCAUGACUGAGACCUAUUGGGGAUCCUGCCACGGUGAUGAUGUCACUGGAGGACAGGGGAUUGUUAAUAGAGCCAGCUGGAAACCAGUGGUGGGCAGUAUGAACGACUUCAGCUACCUUCACACCAACUGCUUUGAGCUCUCUGUCUUCCUCGGCUGUGACAAGUUUCCUCAUGAGAGCGAACUGGCACUGGAGUGGGAGAACAAUCGCGAGGCUCUUCUGUCCUUCAUGGAACAAGUGAAUCGAGGAAUAAAAGGUAUAGUAAGAGACAUGGAGGGAAACCCGCUGCCAAAUGCCACAAUAACUGUGGAGGGAAUCCGGCAUGAUGUCAAAACUGCUGCCAGCGGGGAUUAUUGGCGGCUGCUGAAUCCCGGUGAAUACAAGGUGACGGCCAAAGCUGACGGCCACACGCCCCAGACGCGGCUCUGCAUGGUGGGCUACGACACUGGGGCUACUCCCUGCAGCUUCACCUUAGCCAAGUCCAACUGGGACCGCAUCAAAGAAAUUAUGGCGCGCAACGGGAACAGACCCAUUCGACUCGUCACCAAAACGAACAGGGUGAAGUCGACCGCUUCGAGCACAACGGCACAGCCAGCCGUCACAGGGGAGGAGAGUCAGGUCAACUCUCAGAGAGCCGAGCGACUCAGACGGUUCAAGAUGAUGCGUCUACGCAAAUUGCGCGAAAGGUUAAGAGGCAGAGUCACCACCACAACAACGACGACGACGACGACAACAACAACAACAACAACAACACAACCACCUGUUGCUGAGAGCACGACCUCCUGGUAUGACUCCUGGUUACCUGUGGACAGCUAUACAGAGAACCCGUUUGACACCUUCAUAUUUGCCUCAGCACCUACGCAAGAGUAUAAUUUUGAAUACACCAUUGAUUAGCAAAAAAUUUAAAAUUAAAAAAUAAAUAAAUCACUAUCUAUCUGCACAACUCCUCAAUAACCACACAUUACAAACUACUACUUCUACAGUCUUUUAAUGAGUUUUCUAAAGGUCUCUGUGAAGAGAAAUGCACCAAAAAAUUGGCAGAUUUUCAACUCGACUGAUCUGGAGCAGUGACUAGUAAGCCGGUAACUUUAAAUCUGAUCAGUAAACGCACCAUGUCUAAGACCUAACAAUUUGAAAAUGCAGAUGUCGGUGGUGUGAAAGUGAUUGUUUAGAUUGCUUAGGAAGACUUUCAAGGUCUCAGUACUUGUGCGCUGACAGAGGAAGCACAGACGUAAGAUAACAGGAAGGCUGAACAUACACUGCUUGGGCAAAGAAAAAAGUCACUAACUGGACUGAACUAAGCAAAGUGGAACAAGUCUCCUUGUAGAUAAUUAUUGCAUAAUCUUUGAGCCAGAAACAAGUUAUUUAACCCCAACUGAUGCAAUGUGUAAAAAUCAUGUUGAAAGUCAAGUCCUGUGGUCAAAGAAAUGGUAUUAGCCUGUUUGAGAAGGGUCAGUUUAUUGGCAUCAAGCAGAGAAAACAUCUAAGGAGAUCGCAGAAGCUUCUAAAAUUAGGUUCAGAACUGUCCAACACAUUGAAAACUGAAAGGGAAGGAAACCUGGGAAGCAGCAUCCCCAAGGAAGAUAUAUGGUCGGAAAAAAAUCCUGAAUGGUCAUGAUCUGCGAUCACUUAGGUGUUCUGUGACAUCAAACCGAAGACUAACAGUGGAACUCGAAGAAAUGUUAUGUUUAAUAACAAAAGCAAGAGCAUUUCCACUCUCACAAUGUGGAGGGUACUGAAGGAAUUGGGACUGAGCAGCUGUGUAGCCAUAAGAAAACUACUGACCAGAGAGGCUAACUGGAGAGCAGAACCCCUGGGGUUGGGGACCACUGCUCUAGAGCGAUUUAACAAGGUCGGGCAACUGAUGCCUGACCUUGGCGGCAUUGCAAACGAUCUGGGAUUGCUGCAGUACUUCCGGUCAAGGUUUAGCUGACUACUUGAAUAUACUUAAUGACCAGGUUAUUCAGACUCAUCCCCCAUCUCAACCACAGAAUCCGUUAAGAAUCUUUGGGAUGUUCUGGAGAAGACUUUGCACCACGGCCAGACUUUCCCAUCACCAAUACAACAUCUUGGUGAAGAAUUCAUGCAACACUGGAUGAAAAUAAGUCCUCUAUCUCUGAGACGACUUGUUUUCAGAACCUCAUCAAAAGGUUCUGAAAUCCCACAAUAUAUGAUGUAAUCAAAACUAAAGGUAGUCCGGAGAUGCAUUAGUGUGUGACCUGUGAUUUUUAUUUUAUUUUUGGCCAGGCAGUGUGAUACAGUGACAUUACCCUGUUCUAUCCUCGAGUGUCCGAUCUCUGGCCGUCAUUGAACAUGCUGUUAUUUGGGAAUGUUGUCAGAAAUCUCCAAAUUAGAGGAUCUGAAUUUUCUAGUGCAGGGUCUAAGACUUUAGUCCUCGAAGCCUGGUAACCUGCAGUGUUUAGAUGUGUCCCCGAUCCAACACAUCUGAAACAAAUGAGUAUUGUCUCCUCAGCAGGUAGUCAAGUUCUUUAGAUAUCUGGCAAUGACCUAAUUAUUUGACUUAUGUGUGCUAAAGCAAAGAUGCAUCCGAAUGUUGCAUUUAGCAUUAAAAAGUGGAGUUUGACAUCGGAGUUCUAGGGAAUGAACUGAAGAUCAAUGCCGAGAGUCACAAAUGAUAACUGGACAAUCUAAAGUCUGUAAUCAGUUUGAUUUUGUUUCAUAGGUAUUAAACUAACAUUUUAAAAGUGCUUCCUCUCCCUAACACAUGGCAUGCCAAUAGAAAUAUUUAGCAAUCUCUCACAGUAGGAAGGGUAGAAAAAUGUUUUGAAUGCCAUUCUUAUUCCUGUCAGUUUUUUAAGGAGAACUGGGAAUCAACUAAAAUUGGUAUUGGCAGGUAAAAUCUUCACAAAACCAGAGACUGAAAAACUGUCACAAAACUCUGAUCAGUGCCUCUCUUAUGAAUGAAGAGAAUGGAUUUUUAUGAGGUUUCACUUUAAAGUUACCACUGAAUAGUCUGUUGAGCAGAGACUAAGGCAGAGUUUGCUGGGUUAGAGUCAAAUCAAAUUGAAAGUACAUGUUUAAAAAUGUAACAUGUUCAGUAUUCUUUAUUACUCAUUAAAGAAAGUUCAAUUCAUACUAUAUGGACUUAUCAUACAGUGAAAUAUUUCUAGCCUUCAUUUUUGGUCAUUUAUGUGAUUAUGACUUACAGAAAAUGAAAACCAAAACUCUGUGUCUGAGAAAACUAGAAUAUUGUGAAAUAUUGGAAAUCAUGGUGUCCCAGUCUAAUCAGUUAAAAAAGCUGUAAAGGCUGAUUGGCCAACAAACUUCCUUUCACAAUAUUCUAAUUUUUUUAUUUGUAUUUCUACGUUCCACUGCAUACAAAACAGAAAAAGCAAUGUUUUCUUAAGAGUUUUGUUUUUGUAUCGUCUUUAUUUUUAUUACACUGAUUUCUUGUAAUGGCUGAAUGCAUUAAAAUAAAAUAUAAGCUGAGCUGUCAUGGUUGAAGGGGAAACAAUAAAGGUUUAAAUGUA